ACCAGGAUCCAACAGGGGAUAAGGUGUUCAGCGCUUCUAUGACGGCACAGUCUCGAAACAGCGAAGACCAGCAGCGACACGAACUAGCCGCAAAGCUCCCAAACCUCACAGACCCAGAAAAGAUUGAAAUCCUCAAUGCACGCGUCCAGAGCCUCGAGGAGAAAAUGAUCUUGAAGAAUAGGAGGAUACGAGAACUAGAAUCUUCGAAUUCAUGACCGAUUGUGACACUUCAUUGACUAUGAUAUCUAUAAUUAUAAUUUUUCCCGCGUGUUCUUGAUUGCGCAUGCGUCGCAAACAAAUUGCAUAAAAGUCGCAGAACAAACCGCACUUCAGCAUCUCGGUCGUUCAUUAUGAAGUGUUUCCCAGUGGUGUCUGCUGCUCUCAUUCUCGCAUGGGCCGUUGCGAGUCUGGUCUCCGGACAAGACGACCUCAAAACGGUCUACUUCUCGCUCAUCGUCUCCAAUGGAGAGUACGGUUUCCGGUCGUCUGGCGCCGUCCCUUCCAUCGAUUUAGCUCUGGAGGCAGUUCGGAGCAUGCAGGUUCUCCCUGGUUACAAUCUCACGUACGAAACUGUCAGGAACUCUAAGUGCACGCGGACGGACUCCCUGGAUGCUUUCUUUGUGGACACGCAGAGCGGAGCCUCACCGAAGAUCGCCGUCGUGGGCUGCGGAUGCUCCCCGGCGACUGAGCCGGUAGCAGAGAUCAGUCAUCACUGGAACAUCACGCAGAUAUCAUUUGCCGCUGGGUUGUCAGUCGCUCAGCGACAGGUCGAGGUUCAGGUACUAUUUCCGUACCACUCCCACGACGUCAAACUAUGCCCCGGCCAUCCUCGGAGUCCUCAACAGGUUCAACUGGAAACGACUGGCCGUCUUCACUCUGAACCAGAACGUCUUUCAAAUGAUUGUGAGUGA